UUUCUUAAAAUUUUGCUUUGCAAAGAAUAAAGAAUGAAACACGUAGGCAUAGUUAGGCACAACAGGUAGCCAUUGCCAAAGCUCUAGCUUUUCCCUUUCACCAAACAGACCAGCACCCAAAGCUCAAAGCUUGCUGCAACUGCAACCAAAUUCCACCUUCCCCUGACCCUAGCCCUAACCCUAAUGGCUCGCUCUGGCUCUGAUCACGAGCCCGACCACACCCAAUCCUCACAAGCCCGCCUUUACAACCCAUACCAAGACUUAAACAUUCCAAUCCAGACCCUCUACCAACUCCCAACCUCUCCGGAGUUCCUCUUCACCGAAGAAUCUCUCCAUCAGCGCCGCUCCUGGGGCGAAAAACUGACCUUUUACACCGGUUCUGCCUAUCUCUCCGGCUCUAUUGUCGGCGCUUCCAUCGGGUUUUUCUCUGCCUUCAAAUCCUUCGAACCCACUGAUACUUUGAAACUGAAGGUGAAUAGGAUUCUGAACUCGUCGGGCCAUUCGGGACGAGCCUGGGGGAAUCGGAUCGGGAUGGUGGGUUUGAUCUAUGCCAUGAUGGAGAGUGGAGUGGUGGCAGUUACGGAUAGGGACGAUGUGUGGACCAGCGUGGCUGCAGGGCUUGGGACGGGGGCGGUGUGCAGAGCGGCGAGAGGAGUGAGGUCGGCUGCGGUGGGUGGUGCGUUGGGAGGGUUGGUGGCUGGGGCUGUUGUGGCGGGGAAGCAGACAUUGAAGAGGUAUGCAAUGAUUUAAAGUACAGAGAGAUCAAGCUUUGCAAAUUUUGCAAAGUUUAGGCUUUCAGUUCUAAUUACGUUUACGAGUUGUAUCUGAUCAAUUUUGAUAGUGAAUUUGUUAGCCAUAUAAUGGUAAAGUUGAUGCUAAGUUCAUGAAGGUUAUAAGAAUGUGGAAUCAAUGAAACUAUUGAACA